AUGCCCCCAUGCAAUACAGCUCGACCAUACCUCGUCAAAGCUCUUCUGCCCAAACAGAAGCCAAAGACACCAGCUCCCCCGCGAGAAGCCGCCCUCCAAACUUCGCUAAGCCACAAAAGCCCUCGCAUAGAAUCAGUUCAACCAGAAAGUCAAUCAGAGAACAAGACCGUGCGCUUGGUUCAGCAGCCCGUGGCCAAGACAUUCCACUUGGGUAUGUUCGAGAUCGGCAAGCCACUAGGCAAGGGCAAGUUUGGCCGCGUAUACCUCGCACGCGAGCGAGAUCACGGCUUCAUCUGUGCGUUAAAAGUCCUACACAAGAGCGAGCUACAUGAAGGUCGUGUUGAGAGACAGGUCAGGCGUGAGAUUGAGAUCCAGAGCAAUCUGCGGCACCCUAACAUCCUAAAGCUAUAUAGCCACUUCCACGACAGUAAGCGUAUCUUUCUUGUCCUCGAGUUCGCUGGCCGUGGCGAGUUAUAUAAACACCUCCGCAAGGCAGAUAGAUUCCCGGAGCCGAAAGCCGCACGCUAUAUUGCGCAGAUGGCAAGUGCCCUACGCUACUUGCACCGUAAGCAUAUAAUCCAUCGCGAUAUUAAACCGGAGAAUAUCCUGGUGGGCAUAUACGGCGAGGUGAAGAUUUCGGAUUUUGGCUGGAGUGUACACUCGCCCCGUAGUCGCCGAAAAACGUACUGCGGAACAUUGGACUACCUGCCUCCUGAGAUGGUUAUACCGAAUAACCCGGAGAACUCAUACGAUGAGAAGGUCGACCUAUGGGCCCUAGGCGUGUUGGCCUACGAAUUUCUCGUGGGUGAGGCCCCUUUUGAGGACACACCCGCCAUGACAUGUAGGAGGAUCGCUAGGGCGGAAAUGAAAGUCCCGUCGUUUGUUAGCGCCGAGGCCACGAGCCUCAUUAAGGGAGUCAGUGUGAAUCUUUUGGCCCUCUGA